AUGACUCCGCUAGCUCCAAAGUCUUGGCAGAACACGAAAGAAAUCAAAUCCAAACCCCGCGCCGUCUGUCUUCCACCAACACCAACAACCCCGAUGAUUCCAAACGCACAGGGAAAACGAGUGCGUGAUGACAGGGAAGGUGGAGGCGGAGGCGGAGGUGCAAGUGGAGCUGGAGGUGGAGGUGGGGGAUUGGCGCGGUUGGCGGCCAUAGCGAAGGAGGAGAAGGAGGUGAAGGUGGCUCUGGCCAAGGCGAAGGAAGUGGGAAGGGCGUUGGUUGCCGAGCUGCAUAAGCUCGGCAUUACGCCUGCCUGCACCCAAGCUCAGAUGAGCGAGAUGAUGGAAGGGGUGGAAGAUUCCGGCGCUAGGGCUGGCCCGGCACCACGCGAAGGUCCUCCGGCGAAGAAAUUUGCCGCUGUGAACGCGCGAGGUUCUGGUGCCGAGAAGCCUAUGCCGCAGGCUCAAGAAGUUGCUUGGGGAGGAAGAGGUGGUGGCAAUGGCUCUGGGAAUUUGCUGCGAGGAUCGAUGCCGCAAGGUGGUCCACGCGGCGGACCCCAGACGCCUGCACCAAGUUGGCAGUCGCACCCAGAGCAGACCACCGCGCAUGCAUCUCCACAGGGAGGCGUGGCGGCGGAAGCUUCGGGUAUUGGACCAGCCCCUCGAACUGAAGCCCAGAAUGCGAAGAGGGCGAAGAAGAACGCGAAGAGGCGCGAGGCGAGGAGGGAGCUGGGGUUGCGGAGACGCAAGCCUCGGGGACCACCGCGACCAGCAGAUGCCGGCACGGGUGAUACACCGGCUGAAAAGUCAGUGGACACAGCGCCGACCGAGAUCAUUGUCGGACGUCACGGGGGACAGCAGGAGCUUUCGCAGAAGGGAGCUGGGGUUGCGCAGAUGCAAGCCUCGGAGACCACUGCAGCGUUCCCUGUGCCCUUGGGCAUGCCUGGGACGGAAAUGGUGGUCAAGGAUGAAGUGUUGGGGGAGGAGGCGGAGACAGUGGCAGACCGGGGGCAGAAGAAGGAGGAGGAGGAGCAAGAGGAGCAGAAGGAGGAGGAUGAGGAGGAUAAGAAGGGAGUGUUGGGGGAGUUGGAGGAACCGGCGGAGAACGAGGCACAGGUCGAUGGGAAGGGUUCCGGUGGGGUGGCCGUUGAUGAGGUGGUUGCUCCAUCUUAUGAGCAUGGCAUCAAGCUGGAGAACAUCUAG